GAGCGCCCGCUAACAGCGCACGCCCUCGGUAAAAGAUGUCGAUGCCCUCCCCAUUCCUCAACUCACCAUCCCCUAUUGUGACCUAACCCUAACUCUUAGAAGCUCCUCCUUCCGGCGCCGUCAAGCUCCUUCAUCGGAGGUCCUCCUUCCCUGCAAUGUCGUCGAGGGGGAAGAAGAGGCUAGUGGUCGAGGUGGAUCUCGAUUUAGAUCCUGCAGCUGAGGUCACUGCCGCCUUCGAUCGACUCUGUGUUUCCGUAGUGAACAAGCCGCCACCAGCUGCCGCCAUUGGUAAGGAUUCAGCCUCCUCCACCUUGGUCAACAGUGUAGCCUUUGGUAAGGAUUCUUCCUCCUCCGCUCGAUCUCCUCCGACGAUGUCCACCGAACAGCCUCACUCAUGGAGCACUCCGGCCGUCACCACUCCAUUGUCAGCAACAUCAACUGUGCCGUAUGCCAGGUACAAAGAGGUCUAUAAUGGCCUUAAUGACGCCAUUGAAGAGAUGCAGAAAGUAGCGAUGAAUUUGAAGGCAUUGUCUACUGAGUACAUUGUUCCUGAGCCUUCUUCGGGUAAAGAGAUCUUGGUGAACCAAUUAAUGUGGCGCGUUCAUGAGCUUGCGCAGUCACUAGAUGAAGCAUUGUAUCGAUCUCUACUCGCUCAGGCCGGUCCUUCACCACCCUUGUCUGAGUAUUUUGACAACGACAGAUCAGAUGAUGAAGCCCACAUGAUGAGUGGUGGGGAUUGGGCUCUGGAAGAUGUUAAUUUUGAAGAGAUUCGGGAUCGUAUGAGGAACUAGAAUUUGGGAGGCAGUGCUUAGCCCAUCAACUGGUUGUAGUAAUUUGUAAUGUAGUAUUUGUGAUGUAAUACAUCUAGUAAGUCUUUUGUCGGCAACAAGAGACUACCAUAUUUGUUCGCUGUUCUGUCAAGUAUGUGUCAGUUCGAGUAUGUGUUUGUUCAAGUAUGUGUAUGUUCUAGUAUUUGACAGAUUAAUGUGAGAACAAUGUGUGUGUUCGAGCAUUUGUCAGCACAAUUUGUGAACUAAAUGUCUGUUCGAGCAGUUGUCAGAUUAAGCUAUGUUUGCAGUCGUUGUUGCACUAUCUGUCAGGCAAUAGUAUGUAUCACUUGCCAUUGCAGGUACUCAAACAUAUAUCACUUGCCA